AUGGCCGAGCCCGAGCUACUGCUGGACUCCAAUAUCCGCCUCUGGGUGGUCCUGCCCAUCGUGUUCAUUACCUUCUUCGUGGGCAUGAUCCGCCACUAUGUGUCCAUCUUGCUGCAGAGCGACAAGAAGCUCACCCAGGAGCAGGUGUCCGACAGUCAAGUCUUAAUUCGAAGUAGAGUCCUCAGGGAAAAUGGAAAAUACAUUCCCAAACAGUCUUUCUUAACACGAAAGUAUUAUUUCAACAAUCCUGAGGAUGGAUUUUUCAAAAAAACGAAGAGGAAGGUAGUGCCUCCAUCUCCUAUGACAGAUCCUACCAUGCUCACAGACAUGAUGAAAGGAAAUGUAACAAAUGUACUUCCAAUGAUUCUUAUUGGUGGAUGGAUCAAUAUGACUUUCUCAGGAUUUGUCACAACUAAGGUCCCAUUUCCUCUGACUCUCCGAUUUAAGCCCAUGCUACAGCAAGGAAUUGAAUUGCUUACUUUAGAUGCAUCCUGGGUAAGUUCUGCAUCCUGGUACUUCCUCAAUGUAUUUGGACUCCGAAGCAUUUAUUCACUCAUUCUGGGCCAAGAUAAUGCUGCAGACCAGUCUCGAGUGAUGCAGGAACAAAUGACAGGAGCAGCAAUGGCCAUGCCUGCAGAUACCAACAAAGCAUUUAAGACUGAGUGGGAAGCACUGGAACUAACUGAUCAUCAGUGGGCACUAGAUGAUGUUGAGGAAGAACUCAUGGCCCAAGAUCUCCACUUUGAAGGCAUGUUCAAAAAGGAGCUACAGACCUCCCUUUUCUGAAGGCUCAGGCAGCGGUUCAGCCAGCUCUGGCAUCCUCAGCAUGCUGCUGCACUGCUGGUGCUCAGUGAAGUCAAAGAUUUUUAUUGUUUGUGUUUGAGAAGCUCAGAAUAAAGAGGAGCAUGCGUUGGACACCCAACUAGGGCCUAGUCUCGUCUGAACUUGUUUCCCUUUUAUGUUUGAAGUCACAAGAAGUUAAAGUCUUUUAUAUGACUUGGUGGAGAACUCUUUUUAAAAAUAAUUUAUUUUCCAGUUUAUGUCUCUGGUAAUAGAGGAGGAAGUCCCAUAGUGAGAGCAUAAACAAAUAGCAAGGUUGCACCUUUUGCCAAAACAAAUAGUAACCCUUCUGAGUAAAUAACAGUGCCGCUGAUCUUUCUCUGGGGCUCAAAGAAAUGAAGUCUCUUCUUACUGCCCUCCAAUGACAGGAGCUCCCAUUUUGUGGUACGUGACAGUUUACAAAGCUCUUGGUAGACCAGGCUUGCCAGAGAUAUUCAACCCUUUUUAGCAGGGCAGACACAGAGGCUCAGGAGCCCCAUCACCUGACCAGGAUAGUGCAGCUGCAACUCAAGGCCGGGUCUGCCCCAUCCCCACCACCAUCAUUCUAAUCAGCAGCUUACUGGAAGCCACAGCUUCUGGAGUGGGUCAGGAAGUUAGCUUCCCCUUCUCCGUCGACAGUGAAAGUGGUGAUGGAACCCAGCACGGUCCUGAAGUGCCUUCUGAAUCAUCAGAGGCCGGUUCAGGGAUGGCUGGUCUUUACUAGUACUGAGUGGGAUUUAUUGCAAUCUAACUUUUCGGAAAGCUGUCAUCUGUGCCCUCUGUUGUGACUCAGUCAAAACACUCCAUUCCUUAGGGAUUGUUGUAAAUAAAUAGGAAUUUGCUGCUUGAUAUAGUGAGCUGGGCAGAAGCUGAUUUAAUUCUAUCCACACGUGUUAUGGGCUGAGCAGUGACCAUUUUGACUUGGUUAAAUGUAAUGGCAAAAAUUGUUUUUACAGUGUGGUUCAUGAAUCUCUUCAUGUGACAAGAGUUGUAACUAGUAAAAAACCUAACCAACUCUACAAAUUAAACAACUGAACCCUC